AUUUUCCUUUGGAAAAAUGCUUUCCAUCAGCUCGGAAGUGUGGGCAGCCAAGUGCUUCGCAGCUGCUCUUUCCCCUUGUCCCCCUCGCCAGACUGAGGGAGAAGCUCCUGGUGACCCAUCAUCCUGUGUACCCUGCCACCCUGUGACUGCCGUUCCCGAGGAACGGGCCGGCGCGGCUUCCUGAGGGCUCUCCUAAACGAAGAACACAACCGUCCCUUUCCCCUGCAUCAGAAAUGUAACGGCCAACCUGUCUUAAACGCAUUAAAUUAAUGGUAUCUGAUCUCUUCUUGAAUGUUGCAGAGCGUGAGUGUGUCUGGCCUCCUUGCCCUCACAGGCGGUAGCUUGGCCUUGCUGGUGACCACCCGAAAAUGGGACUGCUCUCUGGCGAUGCUGCUGGCCUUCUGCUCAGGCCUGCAAGCUGGGUGCUUCGGAGAGGGAUGUGGGCACUGAUGCUGGUCCUAUCCGUGGCCAUAUACGGCUCUCACGCUCCCCUCUUAAACCUGUGCAAAGUGGAUGGGAAGAUCCCUUUCAGCUCCUCGUCUGUUGUGGUUCUUAUUGAGCUGACGAAGCUGAUGUUCUCCCUGCUGAUCCUGCUGAUACGGGACCGAAAGCUGCUGGGAGCCACUGUGUCGUGCUACCAUGUUUUCCCUUUUGCCCUCUCUGCCCUGCUCUAUGCCGCAAACAACAACUUGGUGGUUCACAUGCAGCUCUUCAUGGAUCCCAGUACUUUCCAGGUCCUGAGCAACUUAAAGAUCGUCAGCACCGCUCUCUUCUACAGCUUCUUCCUGCGCCAAAGACUCUGCCUGCGCAAGUGGCUGGCUCUCCUCCUGCUGACAGCGGCUGGGGUGAGCUACAGCUGUGGAGGCCUGCAGGACCCCCGUGAGCCCGACAACCCCUCCAAGAUGCAGCUGCACAUCACGCUGGUGGGCUUGCUGCUCAUCUCUGUGUACUGCUUCAUAUCGGGCUUGUCUGCUGUCUACACAGAAGCUAUCCUGAAAGCCCAGGCUCUGCCUCUCAGCUUCCAGAACCUCUUCCUUUACUUCUUUGGGGUCCUGCUCAAUGUGACUGGCCACUUCUGGAGCAGCACAGGAGGAGACUUCCUGGAGGGCUUUUCCUCCUGGGUGCUAGUCAUCGUGGUCAGCCAGGCUUUGAAUGGCUUGAUCAUGUCUGUGGUCAUGAAGCAUAGCAGUAACAUCACCAGGCUCUUUGUGAUCUCCUGCUCCAUCUUGGUCAAUGCAUUCCUGUCUGUCACCCUCCUUGACCUGCAGCUCACCCUCUUCUUCUUCAUCGCCGUUGCGAGUAUCGGUCUUGCUGUUCACUUGUACUAUGGGGUCACAUAGCUGCUGCUUCCUGCUCUGCAUGCAGCACCAGGGCAGCUUGUAGUCAUUAUUUAGGAGUGUCAUGACCAUACCCGGGCUGACUUAUAUUAGAAGCAUACUGCUACUUGGACCGUGAGACUCCCUAUCCUUGUAUGUGCACCCGAGAAGGCAAGGUGGCCAAGUAAGAGUUAUUACUGAGCUGGAACAAAGGCACAUGAGGGCUCUAGGCAGUGCAUGCAAGAUUAGCAAGAAUGCCAGGAGAAGGAGUGCUGAAAGGGAGUGACCUGUCCUUGUUUCCAAGGCACUGCAACCAAAAAUGCUGGCUUGGCACCUUCCUUUUGGCACCUUCCUGGUCUUUGCAGGAUCAGAUCAUCCUUGAAGGACUUCAGCUCCUGAAGCUGGAGAAAGGGCCCUUCAGCCCAUAAAAGAUGGGCCAAGGCCUCUCUGUGUGGGUUUUAGCCAUGCACUGGGCGUGCAAAGCAGCAGUGGUGCCGUGUCCUGGUGAGAGCUGGGGCGCGCUGCAGCCCAGCCCGCUCCCCGCCCAGCUGGGCUCCAAGUGCCUUUGGGAAGAGCAGCCGUUCCAUGUGCUGGGGUUCCCAUGCCAGCAGAUGGGCCCGGCCCCCAGAACAGAUCCCGGCACGUGGCAUCAACCGGCUGUUCCUGCCCAUCUGCUGCGCACCAAAGAACUCGCCUCCCACGUGCCGGCCAGCGCUCUCGGCUCCAGGAUCCCUCGGGGCUGUGUCCGUUUACCGAGCCCGGCAACCCGCAUUGCUCAGGACCCUCUUGAUUCCUGUGAUGCUGCGGGCCGCUCUCUAGCAGAGCCUGGCGCUGGCUUCCUCAGGUGCGAGGU